AUGAAGCACAAUGUUCUUCUCCAGAUCGCCCUGGCGCUCCCCUCAUUGACAGCGGCAUCGAUCUGUAACAACAACUGCGGCCGCCAAGUCGUUGGUACUGCUCGAAAGGACCCGUCUUUGUCCUCAAGAUCGUCGCUCUUCCGUGACCCCCAGCCUAAGCUUCACGAGCACUUGCUUACUCUGUACAUUAGGGCUGGCGCCGCGCCUUCUGCCGCCAAGAGCAAUGUCCAUGGUCCCCGCCAGGCUUCCGCUCCUGUGAUCACAGGCACGAAGCCUGCUUACGCCUCGUCGUGCCCCGACGUUACCGCGUACUGGUCCGCUUGCCAGUGCUUCGAAGGCGUCAAGGCAACCACGAUCACAGUCGUGAGGCCUGGGCCUUCGUCGACCUCGUCUGCGUCUCCCAGCUCGACCAUCUCGGACAGCCCGGUUUCCUCUACUCCGGAGCCGCCGAGCCCGACUUUCAGCUCGACCACGACCACCUCUUCCAGCGCCAGCACACCCACGUGCACCCCGGGCCUCGAGUAUGCUCUUUACUCCAUUGACUUUAACUCGGAUCUGUGCCAGAACUACAUCAGAGUCCGGAGCAACAGACCGCGCAAUUUUGACCUCAACCGCCUCAUAGGGGGCAGAACCCCGGUUCUCACCGGCGUGACCCCAAGCAUCGGGUUCUCCCACGACUGGGAUGAAGCCUUCAGCCCUCUGAGACUCUACGGAACCCAGGGCCCGGCAGGAACAACCUCGACGUGCGGCAUCGUCCAGCACCGUGGCUAUAUCAACGUCACGCCCGGAGUCUACACCGUCUUCGCCAACGAGCCGGACGAUGACCUGCUUCUGUGGUUCGGCAACAAUGCCAAGUCGGGUUCGUUCGCCGCUGGCAACAGCGACGUGUAUGGACUCUAUGCGGAGCCGGGGCAGUCCAGGCUCGUCGACACUUUCGUGUUCACUGAGUCGGCAUACAUUCCUUUGCGUGUCUACUGGGACAACAGAAACGGGCCUGGAGGUCUCAGACUGGAGGUCAAGAACAGCACGGGGGAUGUCAUUCUUGGAUUCAACACCCAGCAGAGCCAGGAUGUCGUGUACAAGUGUUCUGGAGGGGACGCUCCUGCUUUUCCCGCCUGGGAGGAGGAGACGGUCGCUGGCGGCUGA